GCCAUUCGCCCCUGUCUACGUUUUUCUGUGGGCAUCAGCCAUUCACGGCUGGUGGUGCAGUCGACCUGCGCCCGCCUUCUGCUUGCGAUGCUCCCUGUGCAUGCAAGUGGCGACCACCACGGCGGUGCAGAGCACGUCCAUGAUGCGGUAGAGGUACCCGCUGAAGUCGCAAGUGAAAAGGUACAAAUACUUGCCCCGACCACCCUCCCUUCUGCUAGUUGUCCGUCAUCAGCACCAAGUCGUGCACAACGCUCUCUAGACUCAAUAGAUCGAUAGCUCUCGGUCUCUACUCGCCCAACAUGAAGCAAGUAUCCUCGUUCGCAGCCAUUGCAGCUGCUCUCACACUCUCUUUCGCCUCGUUGACCGAGGCGCUCCCCCAGCCUCAAGGCGCUGACCAGACCACUACCGCCAGCGGCGCUGAUGGCAAGAAGAUCUGUGAGCGAUACGGCAAGACUACUUGGGGCGACUACACUCUCAACAACAAUUUGUGGGGACAAGAUCAAGGCUCAGGUCAACAGUGCACCACCGUUGGCGACCAGAAGAGCAAUGCGUGGUCUACCAACUGGAAGUGGGACGGCGACAAGACCAAAGUCAAGUCGUACGCCAACUUGCAAAUCAUGCCUAAAGGUCUCAAGCUUUCGGACAUCGUAUCCUUGCAGACAUCGUGGGAGUUUGAGACCAAGGCUACUGGCAACUACGACGUCGCCUACGACCUUUUCACCUCUCCCAAAGACGGUGGGCCAGAUCAGCAAAAUCAAAACGAGAUCAUGAUCUGGCUCGAACGUGCUGGUGGUGCAAAUCCCAUUGCGUCCGCAUACACUGCCGAUGGCGCCACUCCCGAAGGCAAGAUCGAGCUGGCGGGCCAGACGUGGAACUACUUCAAGGGCCAGAGCAACGGCAUGACCACGUUCUCAUUCCUCCCUCCGGCCAACGUCAAGAGCUUCAACGGCGACGUCAACGACUUCAUCAAGUGGCUGGUGGAACAGAAGUUGAUGGAUGGCAAUCAGUACCUCACCAACUUUGCAGCGGGUAUCGAGCCGUACGUCGGCGAGGGCACCUUCACCACGACCUCUUACAAGGCUAGCCUCAAGAGCAGCUCACAAACGCUGGGCGAUGCUGAUGCUGGUGUUGCCGGUGGCUCUGCCAAGAAGGCCGCAGCGGCCCCUGGCAAGACUAAGGGCAGCGACACGACUACGACGCCCACCACGACGCCAAGUGACGCUCCGACCACGUCGACUGGAAACGCUGGAAAUGGCAACGCUGGUACUGGUGCGGGCAACUCUGGCACUGGUGAGGCCAACGCUGGCACCGGUGGGGGCAACACUGGCACCGGUGGGGGCAACACUGGCACCGGUGGGGGCAACACUGGCACCGACACUAGCACCGGCAAGGGUGGCAGCACAAACACAAACCCGAACUCCAACUCUGGCUCAAAUUCGAACAACAACAGCCACAACAACAACACCGAUAGCGCACCCAACAAGAAGGUCAAGCCCGACUCCACCACGUCUGGCGCUCUUGGUGGCUCUAACAACCCCACGGACAAAGGUGAGACAAAGCCCAAGUCCACGACGACAGAGCCACAGUGCAAGCGGCGCGUGCACCACAAGAGAGCUCCCGAGCUCGCACGCCGAUCGAUGGAGCCUUGGCAAGCGACUACUGCGUCGAGGGGGCUCGUGCGUCGAUCCGAGGCUGGUCCUAAUCGAUUGGACCGAGAGUCCGAGUGCUGAUCAGAGCAACAGGUGCCCGAAUGCGAACCUUUUCUCGGUGCGAUACGAGUCGCACAAUUCAACGUUCCCGAGACCUUUUCCAAACCGACUUUGAAAAUUCUGUACCUCGUAUUCCUUGAACCGAUCGUUGACGCGAAGCGAAACAAUUCCCUCCCUUUCUCCUCUCUGCAUCUCAGAGAAGCU